CCGAGACCUGCUCCUUGAUUGCAUGAGAGUUAGAAGCGGUGAUCCGAGGCGACGCGCUGCAGAGAGGACGGCUCCUUCUCCAACCAACACCUGCAGGUAUGUUUACCAGGAUGCUGAAACUGAGACUUCUCAAUGCUGUGGCGCCUGCAUAUUUUUUCACAGCCACAGCUGUCACCUUCAUUUUGCACUUCUGCUUGUUCAUCCCAACAAUUUUCCCAAGCCCUGAAGUAUCGCUGAGGGGGUCUACGAUGCUUCACUCGAUUGUUUUCCUUUUCUUGAUGCUCAAUGCGUUGGGAAACUAUGUAAUGACUAUCAAAUAUCCUGCGGAAAGUGCAAACGAGACCGUGAUUCCAGUGUGUUCCCCGGACUGCCCCGACAAAGUGGACGCCCACUACCUCCUCAAUGGCCGUCACUUCUGCAAACUGUGCAAGAAAGUUAUUCUCAAGAGGGAUCACCAUUGCUUUUUCACAGGAAACUGCAUUGGCAACAAAAACAUGCGCUACUUCAUUAUGUUCUGCAUCUACACAUCAUGCACUUGUUUGUACUCCUUGGUUCUUGGUGUGGCCUUCCUGACAGUGGAGUAUUCAAUCUCCUUUGAGAACCCACUGACCUUCCUGACUCUUCUACCCCUCUCCACUGGUUACUUCUUUAUGGGAGUCAUCUCAGGCUUGCAGCUGUUCCUGGUGCUGAUGCUGUAUGUGUGGCUUGGCAUCGGCCUGGUGUGUGCAGGUUUCUGUUGCCAGCAGGUGCUGCUGGUGGCCCGGGGACAGACCUGGUGUCAGAUGCAGCGGGGGCAGCUCGUGGAGAACCACAACCCCUGGAAAACCAACCUCAGGGAUGUUUUUGGUACUCGCUGGGCCCUCGGGCUCAUCCUGCCCGUUCAGACAGUGGAGACGUGCUCUGAAGACGUGGCUGCGCAGAAACAAGACUGAGAGAUCACCAG